UUGGAUUUGUGGACAAUAUGGAGGACUUGAUAGUAAAUUUUCCAGUCAAUCAGAGUCAACCUCAUCUGACUGCAAAUGAAUAAAAUUUCUUACUCUACUGGACCUGCUAGCUUUUCGCUGCAUUCCGCUAGAGCGUCGUCUUCCUCUGAUUCGCUGUCCCUUCCUCUGCUGGCUUUUCACUUCUCCUCCACCUCCGUCAUGGCAAAUUCACUGCUGUUAUUCCCUCACAACCUGCCUGUUGGGUGGAGAUUUGAUCCGACCGAUGAAGAACUGGUUGAUCAUUACUUGAAACGGAAGAGACGUGGCGAUCCUAUCUAUGGCUUGGACAUUGGUGAGGUUAAAUUAAGUGAUUAUAACCCUUGGGAUCUACCUAGUCUUUCCAACAAUAAAUCCAAAGAUAAAAUGUGGUUUUUCUUCUCUCUUCGCGAGUAUUGCAAUAAUGGUGUACUGCGAAAGGCGGGGAAAGGAUCCUGGAAGAGCACAGGCGAUCCUCGCUCAGUUACUCCUGAAGGGAGUGAUGAGGAGAUUGGAACUAAGAGAACUUUGGUUUUCCAUAAUCCAGGCGCGACUCACUGGGUCAUGCACGAGUAUGAAUUCACUGCAGAACUCAACUCGCCUGUUAAGGGUAAUUAUGUUCUCUGUAAGAUAAAGGAAAAUCCAUGUGAGAAGAAAAAAACAGUUAAGAGGCCAAUGAAAGCAGAACCAAGUUGCAAGAAGCCAAGAACAAAAAAGAAGGCAAGAAAAGGUGAAUCAGAUUUUAAUAUGGCUUCAGUUUCACCUUCUCUUUCUGCUUUUGAAGAUCAAAAAUCGAAGGAGACUAUGGGUAAUUCAACCUAUGUUGUAGGUGAACCUAGCAUUAGGAACCAUAUGAUUUCUGGUUUAGGAAAUCAAAAGUCGAAUAAAAUGCCUGCUAUUCCAACCUGUGAGAAUGGUGAAUUAAGUAACCUAGAGGCUUUUGAUUCUGACAAUCAAAGUCAAUGUGAGAUGACUCCUAUCUCAACCUGUAUCCAAGGCGAAAUAGGCAGCAUAUCUAGUUUCAGUAAUCAAAUUUCUUGCCAGAUGACAGAUGCUUCAUUCUCUAACGGAGGUGAAGCAAGAUGCCCGAUGGCAUCUGAUUUAGAAAAUUAUAAUCCAAAUAAUAUGGCUUGUAUGUUAUCGUAUAAAAAUUGUGAAACAAGAUGCCUGAUGGCAUCUGAUUUGGAAAAUUAUAGUCCAAAUCAGAUGACUGCUAUGCCAUCGUGUAAGAAAGGUAAACGAAGUUGCCCAGCAGCUUCUGGUUUAGAAAAUCAAAAUUCAUAUAAUGACAUAACUAUUGUUUCAACGAACAACGAAUGUGAAACAAUUUGUCCCGUGAUUUUUGAUGAAAAUCAGAACUCAAAUGAAAUGACUAAUGAGUCAUUUUAUGAGAAAGGUAAACCAAAUUACCUUGGAGCCGUGGAUUUUGAAAAUCAAAAUCCUAGUAAGAGCAUCGGAAUAUCAACCUCUACAGAAGGUGUGUGGAGUUCCCUCUUUGAAGAAUUUUCUGAUUUUGAUAAUCAAAAUCAAUAUCAGAAGACUGAUGUGUCACUCCACAAAGAUUAUUCAAGUUCCUAUGUGGCUUCUAAUGUGUCCCUCUUAAAAGGUUAUCCGAGUCCCUAUUUGUCUCCUAAUAUUGGAGAAAUAACAUUUCAAGAAGCCCAAAGUCAGAAUAAGGUGACAGAUAUUCUGAUCCCCAAUUAUCAGAGCCCCUUGAUGACUUCUAAUUUCCAAGGAGCCAUGUUACAAAACCCAAUAUAUACAACGGAGAGGCCAAUCCUUGAAGAUAAUUGUCCUGGGAUGGUUUCUGACGGAAGAGAAGCUACAUUUCCUGAGAUGGAUCCUCAAAUGGUGGAAGAGUAUUAGCAGCAUUCUUUGAAAAAGAAGACUGACUAAAUUCUGCAUCUAAGCAAGCAACCUAUUCACACCGAGGAAGCCAAAAAAACAUUUCCUUGGUUACCUCGGUGUUUAUUUUAACUAGUUAAUGGGUUAUGUUCCUAUAUGAUUACUACCUAAGCAGUAAACGACUUAAUAUUACUAGAUCUGGAGACUUGGUAUAUGUAUGUCUAAAGAGGGUACCUCCCUCUGCUCUGCAUUAACUACAUCAGGAAGGAAGACUAUUAUAGUAGGAACCAAACUACUCUACUUGUAUGGUUCCUUGUAUCAAUGGUUUAUCCAGCCAUUGAUUGGCUAAUGAUAUAUGUGUCAAGUUAAACUUGAUUUCACAUCUGCAGCUUCAAGAUUCAGGCUUGAAUGCUUCAUAUUUCAGAAUAUAGCCUCUUUCGUCCCUAUCUAUCUAUUUAUAAAAUGAUGAUAUGAUUAUUGAAAGUGAUCCAACUCUUUCUAGAGUUAUGAUUAGACUAUUGUGUCCUUUAUGAUUAUUAUUAAAGGGGAAGUCUUGUAUAUAGCUUCCAUGUAUUAGUUCCUUCACUUGUUUAUGAAGGUAUAAUUGUAUCAAGAACUAAUAGCUUUUAUUCUCUGGAUAUAUAUCUCUUUAUCCUCCUGCUGUAAAAAUUCUCAA